GAAGGUUUGUAGAGAGAGAAGUAGUGGGUCUCACUCUUAGCUGCUCAACCAGCUCUUCAUAUUCUCUCCAAAACAUCAUCACUCACUCAUCUCCAACAAAUUUUCCUCCUCCUUUUUCUUUUUUUGCCCUUUUGUUUCUCCGAGGAGGAAGAAUUAUUGUUGAUUGCGACGAUUCUCUCGUUUUUUUCUUCAAGAUCUGUUCUUGCUGGGAAUGAUAAGAAGAUGGGGAAGAACGGAAAAUGGUUUUCUAGUGUAAAGAAAGCUCUUAGCCCUGAUUCCAAAGGGAAGAAAGAACAGAAAUCAAAGAAGAGAUGGUUUGGCAAACAUCAUCAACUGGAUUCUGAUUCCACCUCUUUAGCAAAUGUCAGAGAUCUUUCUCCUCCUCCUAUCCCUCCACCUUAUGUGGAAGAGGUGAAAACAAUUGACACAACAAAUGAGCAGAAUCAGCACGGUGCCUAUUCUGUUCCGGCUGAUGUUGCUGUUGAACCUGUUGUUUAUCCUGUGGAGACCCCUGUGGAGGUUGUUCGAGUUGUCAAGGUUAAUAAGUUUGCUGGAAAAUCAGGAGAAGAAGCAGCAGCAAUGCAGAUUCAAACUGCAUUCAGAGGAUACUUGGCAAGAAGAGCAUUACGAGCUUUGAGAGGGCUAGUGAGACUCAAAUCACUGAUGGAAGGGCCUACUGUAAAGCGACAAGCCACACACACCUUGCGGUGCAUGCAAACUCUAGCCAGAGUGCAGUCACAGAUUCAUUCGAGGAGGGCUAGAAUGUCGGAAGAGAACCAGGCCCUCCAGAGACAACUCCUACAGAAACACGCGCAAGAGCUGGAGAAGUUGCGGAUGGGAGAGGAAUGGGAUGACAGCCUACAGUCAAAAGAACAGAUUGAAGCUAACCUGCUACACAAGUAUGAGGCGGCUAUGAGAAGGGAAAGAGCACUCGCUUACUCAUUUUCCCAUCAGAAAACCUUGAAGAACCCUUCAAGAUCUGCAAAUCCUAUGUUUAUGAUGAGUUCUGGCAACCCGGAAUGGGGUUGGAGCUGGUUGGAACGAUGGAUGGCAGCCCAUCCAUGGGAGAAGGGCGGUAUGGCAGAGAAGGAACUCAGUAAUGACCACUCAUCAGUGAAGAGUGGAAGCCGCAGCAUGGUUGGAGGAGAAAUUAGCAAGUCUUACGCUCGCUUUCAGCUCAAUUCUGAUAAAAUUUCACCAGUAGACAGUGAGAAGAUGAGGCAAACCAAGAGCCCACGUUCGCCUUUGACUCCUAAGCCAGCCUUUUCGGCAGUUGCUAGAAAAGUGAAGUCAGCAAGUCCAAGGAGCAGCAUUGGAGGUGCAGAUGACGACAACAGAAGCAUGAUUAGUGUGCAAUCAGAUCGAUUUAGAAGGCACAGCAUUGCAGGAUCAUCGGUGCGAGAUGACGAGAGCCUUGGUAGCUCUUCAACAGUUCCGAGUUACAUGGUGGCUACGGAGUCUGCAAGGGCCAAGUCCAGGUUACAAAGUCCAGCUGGGGUAGAGCAAAACGGGACACCGGAGAAGGAAAAAGGACCUCUGGGGCCAGCAAGGAAGCGACUUUCUUACCCACCUUCACCCGCCAGAGCUAGGCGGCAGUCAGUUCCAAAAAAGGUGGAAUUUAACAACAUAAAUGCAGAAAUAGCUGUGGCUAGUGGACAAGGCUAGGUUGUGAAUGUUGAGAAAUGGGUAUAGAAGACACGAAGAAAAGGAUAAAGGGUCAUUGUCAAAUUGUGAAAGUAUUUAUUCAUUGCUGAGAGAGUGUUGUUUUGUGGUGAACACCUGAAAUUAGACUCUCUUGGUUCAGUCAUUUCACUUUUUAUUUGUGAUUAUGUAUUCUGUUAUUCAUUGUUUGAAACCUUGAUAUGUGUAUUAUGAUCGAAAAAUAAUAUCUGAAUAUCUUUUGAACAGCUUGUUAUUGUUUCAAUCAUUAAUACAUUGAGUUUACUUGUAA